CUGUUCACUGCAUAUAACUUUUGACGUACAGACAUUUUGUUGGUGGAAAGAAACAGGUUCUGGAGCAGUGGUUGAACAAAAUAAAUAAUUAAUCAGAGUCUUUUUAGGUGGUUUGAAUAAUUUGCAUAUUCUCAAAAUGGUUUAAUUAUUUUAAAAUAACUUAAUGGAUAAAACAGGCCUUCCAACCUUUGUGUGUACGGCUUUGAAAUCGGACUGUGCAGGAGGAAGUAUCACCAUGACGACAAGGGUUAUCUUUGUUCCCCAUAUGUUUCCUGUCUAAGUGAGGCGUUUAGUGCAGGGGACAUAACAGAUAUACUACAGCUGACACUUAAGAGGUGCCACUUCACUGUGCUGGUGUGCUCACGUUUAGUCUGCAGGUUUUUUAAUCACAUUGGGAGGGCAUUAUGGCACUGUGACUCUGGGGUUUAUGAUGCAGUGAUGGCAGGGAUAUGGUCAGGGGUUUGGAUAUUGUGUUUCAUAUUAGUAUUUGGCACAGCAGACCCAUCACCAGCACCCCAAGACAAAUCACAUGACUUCAGAAAGAUCUUCUUGGGUUUGGAUAAAUGCAACGCCUGCAUUGGAACAUCCAUUUGCAAGAAGUUUUUCAAGGAUGAAAUAAGGUUUGAAAGGAGGCUGACGGCUCAGUCUAAUCUAUCCUCAGCAGACGUGCGCUCCUAUGAGGGAAACUACACAGACAGCACAGCGGGCUGGAGACCAGUGGUGGUGUCCCGCCUGAUGUCUCCUCACCUGCACCAGUUAUCAGACAAUAGCAUUUGCACCUCAGCAGGCAAAGGGAAAUCCUGCAGCAUUGAAGGCGUCCUCAGGGCCACCUCACGCUUCCAAACUUGGGUUCAUUCCAACCUACUGCUUCCCAGCAUGGUGAAGGGUCUGGUGACCCCGAUGCUGCGCUGUCCAUCUCAAAGGCUGCUGGACCGCAUUGUGCGCCGUUAUUUCGAAGUGACUGACGUGGGCAGUGUGCAGAUGAAGCACUUCAAUGAAAAGGAUAAACUUAGACUGCUUUAUACACUGGCUGUCAAUCAACAGCCCCUCAUACUGCAGAUGUUUCCAGGCACAGAGGGUUGGCCCUUCCUCCGCUACCAUGGCUCCUGUGGAAGGCUGAUGGUGUGGGCUGCGAGCAGGGCCCUCAGGACCCUGUUUUCCUCUCCGCUGGAGCGGCGCGCAGAUCUCGCCUACCAGCUUCUGCACAUCACCCAGAGCCUGAGCGCCAACAGCCUGCGGUUCCGCCUCUUCUACACCCGCAUCCCAGAGGACAUGUUCGGCAUUCUGGAAGACAACAAGGUCUUCAUUGUGGAUACCAGCACCAUAGGCAUCAUUGACUUACAGGAAGGUCAUCCUCCUGACAAAGACCUUCUUCCUGAAGAGCUGGAUGUCUUCUCCUGUCUCAGUGGCUCUUGUGUGAGGCCUCCUCCAUGUGAGACUGUCAGAGAGGCACAGAGUUUUAUCCUACUUUGCAAAUAUAUCCUCAACAAUCUACUCACCUCUAAUGACAAGCAGUCAGGUCUUCCCAGAGCAGCGGUUGAUGAACUGUUGGUUUGCGCAGAUCCGUCUCAGCUUGACCAAACAAUAAUCAAAUCUGUCCAAAGCUUAAAAAACAUUUUAAAGACACUGAGGCCAUGCAGCCCUCAAUAUGCAUACAGAUAUCCGGAAUGUCUCUACAGUGACAAGUUCUAGACCACAAGAUUAAUCAAAAUAGUGUUUUUCACAGAUAAAUGACUGAAGAUUUUUUUAAUGCAUCAUCCUUUUCAGGCCUUUGCAAAAAUUAAACUGAUAAGACACUACUGUGGUAAUAACAUCUUCUUGCAUUAUAAAAUGAACACCUAUGUUUUCUGGAAGACAACUGCAAUAUAAAUAGACUGUUUAUACUACCUGACAAAAGUCUUCUCGCCUAUGCAAGCUUGAGAAACAACAAAUAUUAACUUGACUUCUAGUUGAUCAUUUGACAUCAGAAGCUGCUUAUAUGAGACUAAGACUAAGACCUUUACUAGAUUAGGCUAAUUUUACCCCCCAAAAAUAUGAUCAUGCCUUGCUUUUAAUUAAAUUUCAUUAGGACAGUAAGAUCUGACUUUGUCUCGUCACUUACCAGAAAUAAUGUACAGUAUAGAAUAUAAAGUAUUGGUGCAGUGGAAAAAGAAUUAAUAUUGUGUAAGGGUUAGGGUCCCAUGAGCUUGGACGAAUGCAUCCAUAAAUCUCUGCAGAGACUCAAAUACCUUAAUAAAGUUAUCUGGAAAACAAAGAAAGCGUUCUUGUAGGACUCCCAGAGUUUAUAAAGAUUGUUUAGAUUCAUCUUUAAGGUCUCCAUCUUUCCCCAGACAUGCUAAGUAAUGUUCAUGUCUUGUGACUGGGCUGGCCAAUUAUGGAGCAUCUUGACCUUCUUUGCUUUCAGGAACUUUGAUAAGGAGGCUGAAGUAUGAGAAGCAGUGCUAUCCUGCUGAAAAAUGUGUCCUCUCCUGUGGUUUGUAAAGUAAUGGGCAGCACAAAUGUCGAUAUCUAAGGCUGUUGAUGUUAUCCACUCUGCAGAUCUCCUGCACAACACCAUACUGAAUGUAACCCCAAACCAUGAUCUUUUUUUUCAUCAAACUUGACUGGUAUCUAUGAAUCGUGGGUCCAUUUGGGAUCCAAUAGGUAUUCUGCAGUAUUUGUGAUGAUUGGGAUGCAGUUCAACAAAUGCUUCAUCUGAUAAAUCUAACUUCUGCCACUUUUCUAAAUGAUCAACUAGAUGUCAAGUUGUAACUUCCUGGGAUCGAAAACAAGACUUUUGUCAGGUAGUGUACAAUCAUAGUAUAAUCAAUGAAUGAUGUUUUUCUUAUUAAAUGCACAGCCAAAAUACAAUCCUUAAGGAAGAAAACAGAAUAAUAAUUUAAAGCACAAUUAUUAUAAUUCAGCCCAAGACAAAGAAUUUCAUCACAAAAGGAGAAUAUUUUAAUUACAAAGACAACUCUGAUUAGUAACCCAUAAACCAUAUCAAUCUUCAUGUUUCUGUACAAUGCUCGCUAAGCAGUUUUAUUCAUGUAUAGAAAAUGUAAAAAGAGAAAUGUUCAAAAUGACAUUACUCCAUAAAAUUUAAUGGCAGGAACUCUGGAAAAAAAUAACAGCAUUCCAUCAACAAAUAUUUCCAAGCAAUAAAUAUUUAUAAAUAGUGUAAAUUUACAACAAGAUUAGAAAUAUAACACAAAAAAACACAAAUUAAAAAGUUUAUUCCU